GGGGGCGCCGCCCGCCGGUCAGAGCAGAGAUGCGGUGGCGCCUGGUCCCCUGGACGGCGGUGUGGGGCGGCUGCGCCUUCCUGGCAUUGUGCCUGGCGUUGGAGCUGCGGAGCCCGAGCUGCUCCGUCACCGAGUACCUGGAAGGGGGACGGUGCUGCCAGAAAUGUGGCCCAGGCACCAAGGUGCAGGCGCUCUGCUCCGAGAGCUCAGAGACGCGGUGCGUAGCCUGCGAGGCUCAGCACUUCCAGGCCGGCUGGACCAAGGAGAAGCACUGCGCCCCACAGGCCUAUUGUGACGAGAAUGCCGGUUUCCUUGUGUUCAUGGAAGGGGACACCACGCGGAAUGUCGUCUGCCGCUGUCGGACCGGCACCCACUGCUCCAGCCGGGAGUGCCUGACCUGCAGGGUGAACCGAGAGUGCCCAGCGGGCGAAGGCGUCCAGCGCCAAGCCAAUCACCUGAACGACACAGUCUGCGUGGCCUGCCCUCCUGGCUCCUUCUCCAACAUCUCUUCUGCCACCGCUCGAUGCCAACCCUGGAGCAGCUGCGAGGCCGGAAAGAUGGUGCGGCUGGCAAACGGGACCCACAGUUCGGAUGUGGUUUGCGGUGUCCUGCCCACACAGCCCCCCCAGGAAGAAGCCAGGAGGAGCCAUGUGCUGCUGGUAGUUCCCCUGGUGGCCAUCCUUGGGCUGCUGGCGGGGGCCCUGUUCCUCCUCCGCCGCCAUCGGAGGCGCCAGGAUCUCCCGAAGCCCCCCCUGAAUCAGCCAGAGGCCCCCGUGAGGCCGCAACCUGAGGAGGUAGAGGAACCUGCCUUGCCCGUUCAGGAGACGCUGCUUGGGGGCCAGCCUGUGGCCCAGGAAGAUGGCAAGGAGAGCCGCCUCGCUGAGCAGGAGCAGAACCGAGCCCCUGCCUCUGUCAUCUCUGCCCCCCACCGCCGGACUCUGCCCACGCCGCCGGCUGGCUCUGGAUGCUUCCCUGCAGGAUUCAUUGGCUCCCCACGAGCUCUGCUGGCGCACUUGGAGCAGGAUGUUUCAGAAGAGGAGCGGCCCACCAUUCCCGCGAGGGGAAAGCCCAGCGGGUCGGGCACCGUGCCGGGAGCCAGGGAAGCGGUGCCCAGGUUGGAAGCGGCAGCGGUGAGCCUGCCUGCCAAGCCGGGGGAAGGAGGGGCUUUCUCUGCAGGCGCCUGGAUGCUGCAGCCUCGCCUGGCAUCGCCAGCAGCAGCAGCCGCUGAGCCCGCCGCCUUCGCAGCUUUGCGCCGGGACAAAAGCUCCAUUGUUGGCCGGGGCUGCCGCGAGUCCCCGGCUGCUGCUCACGGCGGAGGCGAUAGCAUCGCCGGCAUCAUAAGUUAUAGCAUGUGCAGGCGCCGCGGCUCAUUCUUUGCUUAUUGGCUUUCUUCUGUUUAUCUGUAA